AUGAGUUCUCCUGUCUCCUCUGAAAGCCACAUUGAAAGAAGCAUUCAAAUCGAAAAAGCCAUUCAAAAGAACAAUGGUGGUUCCAAUUUUGAUUCAAAUCUAGAGGCAAUCAAUAAUGAGUUUUCUGGUGUCGAAUUGAAUUCAGGUGGAACGCAAGCCACUUGGGGAGAACUCUGCCAUGGCUGCUGUUCGAAAUCACCAACUGAAUGGGCACAUGCUCUCAUGGCAUGUGCUGUAGCCAUCUUCUUUCUCUAUUUCUUCUUGGUCGGACUCGACCUCUUGGGGACUGGGGCCAAGGUUAUGAGUGCAUGUACGGCGGGAGCUCUGUUUGGGGACGACAUGAAUCCUGUAGCAGGACUAAUGGUGGGCAUUGUUGCCACUGUCUUGUUGCAAUCUUCUUCUACUACCACUUCUAUUGUGGUUGCUAUGGUGGGAGCUGAUACUGUAUCCGUCAGGCAAGGGAUCUAUAUGAUUAUGGGUGCCAAUGUUGGUACUUCUGUCACCAACACACUUGUUGCAUUGGGACAUAUGGGGGAUGGAGAUCAACUCGAGCGUGCUUUUGCCGCAGCCACAAUCCAUGACAUGUUCAACUUUUUGUCAGUCGGUAUCUUGAUGCCGAUUGAAGUUGUUACUGGCAUCUUGUUCCAUCUUACUGAGAUAAUCAUUAAAGACUUCAGGUCAAAAGAUGGGGAACAGUGGGAGGCUCCUGUCAAGCGAUUGGUGUCGCCGCUUGUCAAACGAGUUAUUAUUGCCAACAACAAUGUCACCGCGAGCACUGCCAGUAAUCUAGCUACAUGUGGUACCUUCUAUCCCAAAAAUGGUACACUAGCGUGCGAAGACUACAACGAUCCACUCUCAUGCAGGCCAGGACUAAUCAGAUGUGAAACGAAGGGUGAUGUACCCUACUGCCCUGCAUUCUUUGAUCCAGAAGCCACGGAAGCUGCAGACCUGACUGCUGGACUGUGCGCUUUUAUUAUCGGUCUUAUCAUCCUAUUCAUAUGUCUCCUUUCUUUGAUCAAGAUUCUUCAAGGUAUGCUCAUGGGCUCAUCGGCAAAAAUGCUCUACAAAGCCACUAGUAUCAAUGGAUACUUGUCAAUAUUAAUUGGAACUGGAAUUACCAUGUUGGUCCAAUCCUCUUCCAUUACUACGUCGGUCCUUACGCCACUGAUCGGAUUGGGAGCGAUGCAACUAGAACAAAUGCUGCCGCUUACCUUGGGUGCCAACCUUGGAACUACCUUGACUGCUGUUCUGGCUGCUUUGCUCACGAAGCCAAUCGCCAUGCAAGUCGCACUAGCUCAUUUGAUCUUCAACGUGGCGGGAAUCCUCAUUUGGUACCCAAUUCCUUUCAUGAGAAGCGUUCCACUUGGGGCCGCCAGGCGAUUGGGUAGACUCACUCGCAUUUGGCGUGGAUUCCCCAUUCUGUAUCUAUUCGUCACCUUCAUUGCGAUUCCAUUUGGCAUCUUGGCUAUUUCCUUUCUAUUCACGACUGGAAAUAAGGGAAUGACUGCUUUGGGAAUCAUCAUUGUCGCCAUUUUGCUUACUUCAUUGGGAUCCACGAUCUUUUUCUGCAAGUUCCGGGGUGGAAGUGACAAAUGCAUGGAUUUCAUGAUGGAGCGUGAAAAAGGUAAUGUGACAUUAAAGGAGCUUCCUGACGACAUGGAAUACUUGAAGUCGGAGAUCAAAAGUCUAAGAGAACACACUGGUGAGUUGCAAUCUGAGAUUCUUCGUCUACAAGAAUUCAGUGCUGGUACGCCGCUUAUUGUCCGGGACAAAAAUGAGGAACCAGAAACCACCAUAACGUGGGUGGACGAUGAUGAAUUUUAG